CACACACACACACACACACGAUCACAGGGCCAGGGAGUAAGAUUUAUCAACAGAUUUAAAGACUCUAACUUAGAAAAGUUUGAGAUUAUGUUUGUGUACACUUAAAGUCAUGCUGAAAGAGUGAAGGGAAAAGUGAAGUCAAUUUAUCUGCUGUUCCAGUUAUGAUGACAGAGUGAGGAAAAGAAGAGGAAGAAGACAAUGUCACGAGAACUUCCUCCUCAGAGAGAGCUGCGAAUGGUGGUGGUGGGUGCCAAUCUGUCUCACAAGACAUCUGUAAUAAACACUCUACUCGGUCAGGCAGGGCUAGAGGUUGGGAAAAGAACAGCUUCCUGUGUGAGGAGAGAGGGUGAGUUCAUGGACAGGAAGCUCAUCCUUAUUGACACCCCAGGCUGGUGGAGGGAUUAUAUGUCGACUGACACAGCUGAGUUCAUUAAACAGGAGUUUGUUCUGAGUGUGACCAAGUGUCCACCAGGACCUCAUGUUUUCAUUCUGGUAAUUGGCACUGAUGCCCCAUUUACUGAGAAAAACAGGAGGUCUGUGGAAGAUCAUUUAGGGCUCUUUGGUGAGACAGUUUGGAAGCACACAAUAGUGGUGUUCACCAGAGGAGAAUAUCUGGAGGAUAAAAGCUCAGAGCAGCACGUUGAGACUCAGGGGGAGGCUCUGAAGUGGCUGGUAGAGAAAUGUGGGAACAGGUGUCACAUGUUUUAUAGUGACAGUAGAGAAGGUUAUAAGGAAGUCAGUAAGCUACUGGAUCAAAUUAAUGGCAUUGUGGCAAAGAAUGGCAACAACAGUUUUGAGGUUGAUGAGGAAAGAUUAAGAGAAGUUGAAGGGAAGAGGAACACUCAUCGGGAGAGAGCAAAGAUGAGACAGCAGAAGAUUAUGGACCAAAGAGAAACGCCACAUGCAUCGGGGGUUGUCCCCUCACUACCAGAGCUGAGGUUUCUUCUUUUGGGAUGGAAAGCCUCUGGGAAAACAUCUGCAAAGAAUACCAUUCUGGGCGUGAAAGCUGUAAAGAGGGCUAGAUCUUUUCGGUCUGAGAGAACAUCUGGAGAAGUUUCUGGAAGACGAGUUUCUGUGGUGGACACCCCUAGCUGGUGGAAGUACUUACCUGCCAAAUGCACUCCAGAAUGGGUGAAGAAAGAGUUGCAGGGAGGGCUGACUCUAGAUUCCAAAGCUCCCCAUGCCAUACUUCUAGUUGUCCCAGCAGAUACAACCUUCCGCGAAGAACAGAGGAAGAUCACUGAGGAUAACAUGAAGAUGUUUGGUGAGCAGGUAUGGAGACACACCAUGGUGCUGUUCACAUGUGGUGAUCUGUUGGGAGACACGAGUAUUGAGGAGCACAUUGAGAGUGAAGGAGAACCACUGCAGUGGCUCAUAGAGAAGUGUGGGAACAGAUAUCACGUCCUGAGUUGGAAUGAUAAAGAAGAGAAAGUCAAGGAGCUGCUGAGGAAGACAGAGGAAAUGGUGGCCAGUAACAGUUUAUUUAGUCCAGAGCCUGAAACACAAAUAAUGGUGGUUGAAGGAACUACAGAGGAACAGGAAGAUGUACAAAGACAAAUGGCAUGUUUGUUGGAUGAGAAAUGGCAGAGAAUGGAUAAAGAAAUGGAGGAGAAGAUAACGAAUAUUAUCAAGAGGGAAACUACCUCAAGCAAGACUAAUCAUGUGGACUUUAGUGACAAACACCCGUCCUCUCAAAGUACUUUGGAGGAAAUCAACUCAGAAAAGUUGCUGAGCACCCCUAAGACUCAAUCAUCCAUUAAGGAAUCUACAGUUAUUGAUGGAUUCACAGGACAUGAAGGCCAAAAGCAGACUGGUGAGGUAAACACUGUUCAGAUGGAGCAAAUGAGAGAGAUGCUGGAGAGGGAGUGGAGCAGAUGGGAGAUUGGAAUCACAGAGAGAUGCCAGCACAUGCUAUCAGAUCUAAGGCAAUCAGCAGAUGUGUCAUCUGAAGCUGAUGUGCAUGACCUGGAACACUCAUUCAGAAAGGUCGUCAGUUGGAUGCAUAAUCUGACUUCAGGAUAUGGGUCAGAUGAGGACUUAGAAACAGAGGAAAUGGUUUGAAAAGCAAAUGUAAACCAUGUAAAUGUGUAAAUCUAUUUAGUACACAUGUAUAGUAUAUGUGAGGGAUAACAGACCUGCUCAUCAUUACAGAUAAAUCAACUCACAAUAGGUGUAUCCUAAAAUUUUUUUCUUAAUUAAUCUUUUGUAUAUCUGCCUGAAUUAUUAAUCAAAUAUGGAUACUGUAUCAAUGUAAUGAUUAAUAUGUUAAAUGAUUCAUUUUAAAUAUAGACCUACUCUGUAUGAACUUUGAUAUGCUACGGAUAGUAGAAGCUGUACAUCAAUAAAUGACAAUAUGACUAAA